ACGGGGUCUGUGAUCCGUAUUCUUAGUGACCACCCCCCAUAUCACAUCCUCUCCUUCCUCUUCCUCUGCUCACUCAGCUCUCCCCCGCGCGCGCCACCGUCGUCGCCAUGUCGGGCAACAUCGCCUUCGGCCGCUUCGAUGACUCCUUCAGCGCGGCCUCCCUCAAGGCCUACGUCGCCGAGUUCAUCUCCACCCUCGUCUUCGUCUUCGCCGGCGUCGGCUCCGCCAUCGCCUACACCAAGUUGACCGGCGGCGCGCCGCUUGACCCGGCCGGGCUGGUCGCCGUGGCGGUGUGCCACGGGUUCGGGCUGUUCGUGGCGGUGGCCAUCGGCGCCAACAUCUCCGGCGGCCACGUCAACCCGGCCGUCACCUUCGGCCUCGCCCUCGGCGGCCAGAUCACCAUCCUCACCGGCGUCUUCUACUGGAUCGCCCAGCUCCUCGGCGCCAUCGUCGGCGCCGUCCUCGUCCAGUUCUGCACCGGCGUGGCGACACCGACGCACGGGCUGUCCGGCGUGGGCGCGUUCGAGGGCGUGGUGAUGGAGAUCAUCGUCACCUUCGGGCUGGUGUACACCGUGUACGCCACCGCCGCCGACCCCAAGAAGGGGUCGCUCGGCACCAUCGCGCCCAUCGCCAUCGGCUUCAUCGUCGGCGCCAACAUCCUCGUCGCCGGCCCCUUCUCCGGCGGCUCCAUGAACCCGGCGCGCUCCUUCGGCCCCGCCGUCGCCAGCGGCGACUACACCAACAUCUGGAUCUACUGGGUCGGCCCCCUCGUCGGCGGCGGCCUCGCCGGCCUCGUCUACCGGUACGUCUACAUGUGCGGCGACCACGCCCCCGUUGCCAGCAGCGAGUUCUAAUUACCCAUUUCGCCAUCGGCAACACGCAUAAAAAUGGUGGUCACUCCAUCGUCAGAAUCUUGUGAGGAUGUGUUGUGAAGGACUGAUUUGGUUCAGAUGGGGAAGAAGGCUUUUGUUGCGAGGAUGUGACACUUGGGUGAUGAUCGAUCCAUGUUUAGUUUCUUCUUGAUUAAUUUGUAAUGUGAUCAGUGUGGAGCAAGUUGGAUGAGAUGCAUGUUUAAGAUCGAACACUUCUGUUGAGUUUCAUUGUGAGAUUUCAUUUGAUUCGGGCCAUGUCAUUUCAGUUUGUUUGUAGCCUCCAAAAUAAGCUUGUGUCUUCUCCUCGCAAAUAGGAAAUCAGAAAUAAAAUUGUUCCGGGAAAUCAUUUGUUG